CAACACCACAGAAGUCAGUCCACUUUCGACUGCCACCCUCACGCCAGCGGGCUCGUCCAUUGCCACUGAUUUCACGCCUCCGCCCAUGUCAGUCACAAUUACCAAGCAUAUUCGAUCUGUACUGGAGAUGGGCACGUGAAGGACGUUCAGAAGCGACAAUCAGCACGGAGUAUUGAUGCUGCCCUCACUCCUAGGUCCGGCCGCUCGCUCGUCGAGGGCAACAUUCCACAAACGGAGAUUUCACUCUCACCUAUUGGGAACAUGGGCAGCUCCGACGGUUACCUUACGAUGCAGGCUCAGCAGUCGAUGCCAUGGCAUCCCGACUCGGGCGCAUGUACAACCGCGUGAUUUCCCCCACACCCACACCCACAUUCAAAUCCGGGGCAAGAGGACCAGGACUGUUGUCAGCCUCGAUGAUCUUCCCCAGGGGCUCGUCCGCGCAGACUCCCUGCCUGCCAGCCCUGCCGACGAGCAGGCGGCCCCGGCUGCUCCCUCAUACCCGACCGUGGUGUUACAGGCGCGCCGCAACAUGCAGAAGUUUGACAACUGCGUCCUAUUGACACGUGUCGGUGGGUUCUACGAGCUGUACUUUGAACACGCGGACGAAUACGGCCCGCUCUUGAACCUCAAGGUCGCCCAGAAGAAGACGGCUGCCGGGCCCGUGCCAAUGGCCGGAUUCCCUUUCUUCCAGCUAGACCGUUUCCUCAAGAUCUUGGUUCAAGACUUGAAUCGAUAUGUGGCCGUUGCCGAGGAGUUCCCAAAUGCCGCCCCAGACCAGGCAAAGUCGGGUGGUUUGAUGCACGACCGUAAGGUUGCCCGCAUCAUCACCCCUGGCACUCUCAUCGACGAGCAGUUCAUGGAUCCCUAUGCCAACAACUAUGUCAUGGCAAUUCACCUGUCUGGGAAUAAUCUUCCGCAGCCUUCGGCAUCUGCGGCUCUUGAAACACUGUCACUCGAUGGCGGCCGAGGAGUUGCGUCUGCUGAUGCUGCCGCGAGCGCCCCAAUCGGGCUGGCGUGGUUGGACCUGUCGACAGGCCAUUUCUUCACGGAGGCCACCACGAUGACCUUGCUAGGAUCCAUGCUCUCGCGCAUCUGCCCGAGGGAAGUCGUGUUGGAUGAUGCUCUCCAAUCACGCACUGGUCAUGCUAUUUUCUCAAUUCUCGCCGAGGAGAGACAGCUCGUAACAUAUGCUCCCGGGGGCGAGCUGAUGACUAUCUCUGACUGGGCACCAAUGCUUGAGUCUGACAUACCACCCCACACUCUGCAGUCGUUCACAGAUAGUGAGAUCAGAGCGGGCAGCUUAUUACUGCACUAUGUCAAGGAUCGCCUGCAGGGCAUUAGCAUGAAGCUCCAGCCCCCGCUACGUCACGAGACCGUGCAGGUGAUGAACAUUGAUAGGAAUAGCAUGCGGUCCCUUGAGAUCAAGCAGACCAUGCGUGACGGCACAUUCCGGGGCAGCCUGCUUCAUGCCAUCAGACGUACAGUCACAAAGAGCGGUGCCAGGCUUCUUAAUGAGUGGCUCAGCGCCCCUUCGACGUCCUUGGAUGUUAUCAGAUUCCGUCAGGAUCUUGUAGCUUGUUUUAUUGCCGACGAGACGCUACGCGAAGGUAUCACCCUACUGUUACGAAGAAGCCAUGACUCCCAGAGGCUUGUCCAGAAAUUUGCGCUCGGUCGGGGAGAUGCCGAUGAUCUCCUUGACCUCGCGAGCACAAUUAAAGCUACGGAAGACAUUGUCUCUAUGCUCCUGGGAACUGUUUCUGCUACUGAUGUUGAAUCGGCCGCAGCGAAAGAAUCUUUAAAACAAAUGACAGACCGCAUCGACCUUGAAACCCCCCGCAAGCUAGCCCGCCGGAUUCGCGAGGCGAUCGACGAAGAGGGCAUCGUGCAGCAGCAUCAGAUUGAAGAUAGCGAGGCUGGGAACAUGAUCGCACUGGCUCAGGAAAUUGUAGAAAAUGAAGGCUCGGCCGAGGACUCGUCACUGCUCCCAAAAUCGGCUAAAAGGCGCAAGCCGGUUUCACUUCAGAAUUACUACGGCGAGGACAACGAGGUCUGGAUUAUGAAGCCAAACGCCAGCAGACACCUCAAGAAACUUCACUCCGAACUCGACGCCCUCCUUGACGAAAAGGAACGUCUUACGACAAGCUUGCGCGAACGGCUCAGCGCACAAUCGCUGACACUGAAGUGGACUCCUGGCCUUGGCCACAUCUGUCAUAUCAAGGGGAAGAAGGACCUGACAUCGGCGUCGUCUGCCAUCGCCGACAUCCCCGGGCUGCUGGGCCGGCAGACGCAGUCAUCGCGCUCCUUCCACCUGCCCGAGUGGACCGAGCUCGGCCGGCGGCUGGACCAAGCGCGGUUCCAGAUCCGCGCCGAGGAGCAGCGCGUUUUCCAGGGCCUUAGGCAGCAAGCGGUACUCAAUAUUGUCAGGCUGCGCGGAAACGCGCGCGUGCUGGAUGAGCUGGACAUCGCAACGUCGUUUGCGCGCCUGGCGACGGAGCAGAACCUCGUCCGCCCGGUGCUGAACAAUGGCACGGGGCACGUUAUCGUUGGUGGCAGGCACCCCACCGUUGAGGGCGGGCUGCGGGAGGCAGGCAGAACAUUCGAGAGCAAUGACUGCUUCGUCGGGGCCGGUGGCGGCAGGGGCACCACCGGCCACCACGGCCGGGUCUGGCUCAUCACCGGGCCAAACAUGGCUGGCAAAUCGACGUUCCUCCGCCAGAACGCGCUCAUCACGGUCCUCGCGCAAAUAGGCUGCUAUGUGCCAGCCUCGUACGCCGAGAUUGGCAUCGUGGACGCCAUGUUCAGCCGCGUGGGGUCGGCAGACAACCUCUACGGGGACCAGAGCACCUUCAUGGUAGAGAUGCUCGAGACGGCGACCAUACUCCGGCAGGCCACGCCGCGUUCCUUCGUCAUCAUGGACGAGAUCGGCAGGGGCACGACACCCGAGGACGGUUGCGCGGUGGCCUUUGCGUGUCUCCACCACCUCGUACAUACCAAUAAGUGCAGGACGCUGUUCGCGACGCACUUCCACGGCGUUGCGGACUUGGUGGCUGACCAUGCGAUGCGGGUCGAGGACGGAGGGGACGCGGGCGCGGUGGAGAUGUACUGCACGGAUGUGGCUGAGGAUGAACAUGGAGGGUUCGUCUACGUUCACAAGCUACGCAAGGGCCUCAACCGCCAGAGUCAUGCGCUCAAGGUCGCGCGACUAGCGGGUCUGCCCGAGGCGGCUCUACACACGGCUAGGGCAAUACUCGUACCCCAGCAGGGGAGGGUGGUGAGUGAGAGGAUUACAGGAAUAUGAGCGCACACAUGUCUGGCCAGAGCUAAAGUUCAGAGCCGACGGGAGAGGUCAAGACUUUUACAUCCAGUCGAACAUGAAAAACCACCUGUACAUCUUUGAUUUUGUUAGUAAAGAUACCCCGAUUGAGAGAACAAAUAGAUAUCUUGUACAAAAAAA